UAUUAAUGGCUCCCAAUCCUGCUGGAAAGGUAUAACAAGUGGGGUUCUGCAGGGGUCUGUUUUGGGACCGGCUCUGUUCAAUAUCUUCAUCAAUGACUUAGAUGUUGGCAUAGAAAGUAUGCUUAUUAAGUUUGCAGAAGAUACCAAACUGGGAGGGAUUGCAACUGCUUUGGAGGACAGGGUCAAAAUUCAAAAUGAUCUGGACAACUUGGAGAAAUGGUCUGAGGUAAACCGGAUGAAGUUCAAUAAAGACAAAUGCAAAGUGCUCCACUUAGGAAGGAACAAUCAGUUUCCCACAUACAGAAUGGGAAGAGACUGUCUAGGAAGGAGUAUGGCAGAAAGAGAUCUAGGGGUCAUAGUGGACCACAAGCUAAAUAUGAGUCAACAGUGUGAUACUGUUGCAAAAAAAGCAAAUGUGAUUCUGGGAUGCAUUAACAGGUGUGUUGUAAACAAGACACGAGAAGUCAUUCUUCCACUUUACUCUGCGCUGGUCAGGCCUCAGCUGGAGUAUUGUGUCCAGUUCUGGGCACCGCAUUUCACGAAAGAUGUGGAGAAAUUGGAGAGGGUCCAGAGAAGAGCAACAAGAAUGAUUAAAGGUCUUGAGAACAUGACCUAUGAAGGAAGGCUGAAGGAAUUGGGUUUGUUUAGUUUGGAAAAGAGAAGACUGAGAGGGGUAGCAGUUUUCAUGUCUUGUGAUGAGAAUUGCCAUGGAUAUUUGUACCUGGAAGAUGUUAUUUCCUAA